UGUUAGCAAGGCAAGGAUAUUGUGCAUUAAAACUCAUUGAAUGGCACGAUCUGAAGUAAUCAACGCAUGACGCCGUGCCUCACCAUCUCGUACGUUGGUUCAUUUAAAAAAAUCCCAGUUUUUGAAAUAAUUUCAUGGAGUGCCCGCAUUUGGAAGAAACUGUACUUGUAACAGCGCCAUCUAUAAAAAGCGAAAAUUUACCACCAGAUUAUUUUUGCGCAGCAUGCAAGACAGACAAGAGUCCAUGGAUUUGUGCCCGAUGUGGAAAAAUUCAUUGUGGAAGGUAUGUGAAUGGACACGCCAAGGAGCAUUUUGAGGCAACCUCUCAACAUGCUGUCUGUAUGGAUUGUGAUAACCAUGCAGUUUACUGCUAUAUCUGUGAUGAAUUUGUGAUUAAUGAUACAAAAUAUGGGCACUUGGACAAACUCAGGAAAAGCUUACAGUCAUUAGCCAGUGCCAGAAAUCAUAUACGACAGAAAGUACGCCGACGAGCUUCCACAGAUUCACAAGAGAAUGAUAGACAUAGGAAAAAAGUUAAAAAGGAUGACAGACCACGGUCAUCUGGACUUAGGAAUUUAGGAAACACAUGUUUCAUGAAUGCAGUAUUACAGUCCCUUAGUAACAUUCAGCAAUUCUGUGGUUACAUCAAACAAUUGCCAUCCUUGGAGGAAAAGAUCAGCAAAUCACGCAAAUACCACCACACACGUAAAACACGCAACGAGGAGGAUGAUGUACUCCUGAUUGAAGAGUUACGAAAGACACUGGUAGCAUUGUGGCAAGGGACCAAAGGAGCCAUUUCUCCAGAAUCUCUAUUCUGUGUCAUUUGGAAAGUUGUGCCAAGAUUUAGGGGUUACCAGCAACAAGAUGCCCAUGAGUUUAUGCGCUACCUCCUGGACCGGUUACACACCGAGCUGCUCACACUGCUACCCUACCCAAACAACAACAGCCCCUUCAUAGGACCAAAGGGCAAGAGCACCAUUGUCACUGCAAUAUUUGGGGGAUUACUCCAGAAUGAAGUCAACUGUCUGGUGUGUGGUGUGGAAUCAAAAAAACAUGACCCUUUUCUAGAUCUAUCACUAGAUAUUCCAGCCCAGUUUGCUACACGAGGAGCUAAAUCUAAAGAUGGGGAGCAGCAGAUCUGUCGAUUAUCAGACUGUUUAACAAGUUUUACUGAGGUUGAAGAGUUGGAGGAGUCGGAACUCUACAUGUGUAGUAACUGUAAAAAGAGACAAAGAUCAACAAAGAAAUUCUGGAUACGACGGUUGCCUAACGUUUUAUGUUUACACAUCAAGCGGUUUAGAUGGCAAUCCUUCUUCCGUAUGAAAUUGGAAACAUUCAUAGAAUUUCCGCUGAGAGAGCUCAAUAUGAACAGAUAUGUUCUGGAUAAUUUGCACGAGACAAGGGGUAGUUAUGGAGGAAGUAGCCAGUAUGACCUUGCUGCUGUCAUCGUACAUCAUGGAUCAGGAGCUGGUUCAGGUCAUUAUACAGCAUAUGCCAUGCAUGAAGGUCAGUGGUAUCACUUCAACGACAGCACAGUGACCCCCUGUGAUUCCGAAGUGGUGGCCAAGUGUAAAGCCUACAUACUGUUUUAUAUACGGAGAGAGUUUAAGCUGCCUGAAUACUUGGGUAUCAAUGGUAACAGUCACAGACAGUGAAGAUCAUAUUGACUCUCAAUGCAGGGCCUGGCAGUGCCCAUUAUCAGUGUUAAGAAAUCACUGAAGGCCAUCACAGCCUAGUCUCACCAAGCCUUUGGUUUCAUAUAUUGGCUUAUAGUCAGCGUUAAACAGUUGGAGACAGGAGAGUUCAAAGUGCACAGCUACAGACAUUAAGGAAAGGCUUAGCUUCACAUUUGAUUUACCUGCAUUUGGGAUAUCUUUAGACACAUUUAGAGUUUAGAAUAAAAUUUCACAAUGAUGAUUUGUAAGUAAAGAACACAAAAUUAUUCAUUUGAAUUUAUACUCUUAAACACUUACUUUAAAGAUGUUGAAAAGCUUUGCCAUAGACAGGUUCAAGGAGUGAAAGGCUAGUGCAGAUCAUAAAGCAACCCAAGAUAUUUGGUCACAUUAGCACUGUGCUACUGGCUCCUGUGGGCAUAAGGAAACUUUGUUCAUAUUCUUUUAUAAAAUAGGUCCCAAAAGGGUGAUAAAACUCACAUUCAGGUUAAAUUGGUUGUUGAAUAUGGCAGGAAUAAUAUAUACCUAUACAUAUUCACUUGAGAUCCAUUGAGGCAGGAAAAUAUAAGUAAGAAAAGAAUGGAACGUUAAAAUCUUUGAUCAGUCUUCCUUUGAGCUAAUGAUCUAUUUAUUUCCUGAAAAUUCGAACUCUAGAAAUAGAAAAUUCUGACUAAGUAGUUUCUACUUUUAGGUACAUGAGCGCCAGAAAUUGCAUGUGACAGAGGAUAAGGAAAUUAUCGUUGGUUACUCUGAUAGGGGAUUGUUAUGUAAAGGAAUUACAUUACUUACUGAAGAUAUUAUGAAAACAAGCAAUUAGCUGUAAAAUGUUGAGAAUUAUUUGGAUUUUUGAAAUGCAGAUUUGAUUGGAAAGUCUUCAACCAUAUAAUGAACAAGAAGGUUUAAACUUAACAGUAUUCGGAAAUAAGUCAGGAACAAGUUAUCAAGGAGGAAAUUUUCAAUAGAUAAAAGUAAGCUCUUAUGGUAAUACAUGCAGAUAGAAAGGAACUUUUUUUUCAUUCUUUGCAGUAUUAGCUUCAAAAAGUGUAAUUGGAACAAAAGUAUACCUUUGUGAAGGUCAGAUAUGCUUGUGAUUCAUUCCAUCAGUCAAAAUGUUAUUUUAUCAGGCGAAUGCUCAAAAGUGCAUGCUUUUUUCACGUGUUAAAUGUAGUUGAUAUCUUUUACAUGUGGAAUAGAUGGUAGAGCAGAAAUUUGUCACGUUUUAUUUGCUUUUUGUAAUUUUCAGUCUUUUUGCCUGUGUAAAAUUUGCUCUCAGAUGAUGCAAGAAGUCCUCAUUGCAAAAAAGAUAGCAUAUUGGAUAACAUCUUGUAAGGUCAAAGGAUAUAAUAUGUUCACUCUCAACAGAGAACGAUGCACGUUUGUAAUGUACUGUCUUUUACUUGAUUGUAAACCCAGUUGGCAUUGUGACUACCUUACAAAUAUUGGAUAUUUUAGCAUCAUUUGACGUCCUUUUACCAAAUGGAUAAAUAUUGUUUAUCUAUGUAUACUGAAACUGUCCCACCAUGUGAAAAUGUUGAUACGGAUGGAUUAUAAAAUGGCGGGAUGUAUGCCGAUAAGAUAAGAUUUUGAUAAAUUUGAAAACUAGUACAGUGUAUAAUAUCCUAUUUCUUUUUGACUGCCAAAAAAGGAUGCAAGUUAACUUGGUUCUAACUGUUGUUUCGUCAUUGUCGAGUAAAACAGGGUAUCCCUCAGAUCCAUAUAGAAGGUAUCUGAUAAUUAAGCGCAGUAGGUUUGAGAGACGUUAUCAUUAACUUGGUGACCAACAUUCAAAGGGUUUGUACAUUCAAAAUACUAGUUGUGUAUUCCUAAAAUGAAAUCUUUGCUGUGACUCUAGUAUUGUGCGAUUGCUUUAGCAGUAUGAGUGCAGAUUUCAAACUGGGCAUUUCUGUUGAUGGAUAUUAAAUAUGUAAUCAACUAUUGAUAGGGUCAAUUAUCUAUGUUCCUUGGUCAAUAAUCUCAAUAUGACUUGAACAUGUAGAGUCAAGAUUAAUGGGUCUUUAUUGGUAUCCAAUGCUUUUAUAUGUAUACAACAAUGAUGUACCAGUAAUUAACGAUGUGCUGUUACUGUAUAAUCAACCCUUGGUAUCAUAUCAAAUCUUAAUCUACAUUAUGAUCUUUAUGGGUGAACAUAGUUGACUUUUUACCUAAUUGUUAUAUUUCGUUUUCUUUAAUUGCUCAAAAACAAGAUAUUUAGUCAACAAAUAAAGCAGGUAUGAAGCUUGUGCAGUGAAUUAUUUUAUUAGCUUUACUCCAGUACGGUGUUUCUAAAAGGUACAUAUCAAAAAUUUACUUUAUUUAUUUUACAAUAAGCUCAUGCCUUGUAAUAAGCCAACCCAUGCUCAUGACAUCAGUAAACUACGUAAUAAGCAUAAAACUACCUUUAUUUAAAAGCUAUAUGUUGUCCUUUGAGCUUACUACAGAUAAAAUAUGGUAAAUUCUCAUAAAAUAGAGGAGAUUGUUACAGGUAAAAGUAAAAAAUUCCAAUUAAAAUGAAGGUUGUUUUGAACAAAGCUAAGUGGUUAUGUCCACCAAUAGCUCUGUCGAUGGGAACUAGAGAUCUGCAGUCAACCUGGUAGUCUGUUACCAUGCAGUAACCUGUCCAGGGCUUACCCUAUAAACUUUCUUUAUAAGGAAAUGUUGUGUUUCGUAAUGUUGCAGGCAUAUUUAUCCAAACAAGCCCAAAGUUAAAAUCAGCUGAUUGACUUACAAUUACUGGACAAUGAAAGAGUAUUUAUUGAUAAUUUUACUGACAAGAAAUGUUCAGGUUGUAGAAUUUUUACAUAAGCAAGACAAAGAUAGUGUUUUCAAUAUUAACUUCAUGAUCUACUAGUUAUGUCACUCCACCAAAUUGUUUAACAUCAGACUUGACAAUUAAUGGAGACCCCAACAAUGGUAGGGACAGAUCUAGUUAAAUCAAGAGUUGUCAACAUGCUUGCAUGACAUAUGUUUGACUUCAAAAUUUUGUUUACCAUACUUUUUCUCAACACGGUGUAACUUGAAUCUUCAAAAAUUGAUCAAAUAAAUUCCAUCAGAUUAAGGGUACCAUUGAUGGUGCUCAAGAGACCCUGUACAUCAAUAUCCUGGCAUGAUGAUUGGUCUAAAUUUACGUGUACAAUGUUAGAUACAGGUUACAUUACAAAGCAAACCAAUCGUGACGACUUGGGGCAUGAACCACAAUUUAGGGUUGAAAAAUGCUGAGGAUAAGAGAGAGAGAAACAAGUUUAUAUUGUUCUUGUGUUGUAGCAUGAACAGUGGCUUUAGUGUAUUGAAAAUGGUAAGUGAGAGGCUUACAGCUCGAUUCAUUAAUGGUAUGUUUGCAGUAUGUGAAAUAGCGAUGAGAGAAGCAUGUUUGUGAGAGAUAAUGGUAGAAGGAAAAUCGUUGAUUUGCAUGUGUAUCAAAUUUGAUGUCUCCCAUGUAUGGAUUUGUGGAUUUGAUCUCAUUUGAAUUUUUAUUACAAUACUAUGUCCAAGUGACUGAUGGAAAACAGAAUGUGGAUGUGGCGAUAAUGAACAUAAUGAACAAGGUUUUGUCCAGUUACAACAUUAUAAUUUCAUGCUAUAUCUGCAUGUUCAAAAUGCUUUGCAUACUGUGAGAGUCGAUGUGUUGUAAAAAUGAAAUAAAUGUUGACUACAGAUGUGGAUGUAAGUAUGUGUAUGAUAUACAUGUAUUGAUGUUUGUUGCCGUGGGAACAGUGCUGGACACAGGAAGUGUAUGGUUUUGAUUUCUUGCUUUUUGAAAAAAGAUAAAGCAUUGAAA